AUGAGAGACGCAUGUAUGUUACCCUUCACCAAGGAGCAGAUAGUGACUACGGGUGAUUACUGCGAGGCCCAUAGCUCUACGCUACCGGCCCCCAUCCUCGCGCAAAUCCAAUUCACCGAUAAGCUCUCCAAGGAUGAAGUUGUCAUGGCGCCCUCCCCGGCCCAGUGUGCCUGGUUGAUGAGCUUUACCCAGGUCCUGGCACCUAAGAGAGUGCUUGAGCUGGGCACAUUUACGGGUGUCAGCGCACUUAUUUUCCACGAGGCGACGAAGAAGACACAGGCAGAGAUCGUCAGCAUGGACAUGUCGGAAACAUACCUCAAGUACGCGGAGGAUGCCUUCCGUCGCCAUGGCGCAACGGACCGUAUCAGAACGGUUCAGGGGCCUUGCCUGGAAAUGCUACCAACAUUGACGGGCCAGUUUGAUCUGAUCUACAUCGACGCAGCAGAGGAGGAGUACGAAGCGUACACACGGUACAUCCUGGACCACAAACUUCUUUCUCCUGAGGGAGUCAUUCUGGUGGACGAUGUUCUCCUAGAAGGCCUCGUGGUUGACCGAUCGAUUGCGAAGAAUUUCCCUGAGGAAAUCCAGCAGCCCUAUCUGGCCAUCGCGGACAAAAUGAAUGCUUUCAACCGCUAUGCUGCCACCGAACCUCGGGUUACGGCAACAAUGAUCCCUGUCUUCAAUGGAGUGACCCAGAUCAUGUGGAAAUAG